AUGAAUCAACUACAACUUCAUCAAUAUGAUGAUCAGCAACAACAACAACUCUCAGUUCAGCAACAAAAAACUCGCCACUCCGUUCAGAAACAAAAACAAAACUUUCAAUUAGUUCAGCAACAACAACUUCAACAUCAUAUUGAUAGUCAGCAGCAGCAACAAAAAUCAUUUCAUUAUAGCUCUCUCAGUAGAGUCAACGAUAGAGAGAAAGUAGCCUAUUCAAAUUGCUGGAUUAGAAAGGAAUAUCGUAAUGAGACUAGUAGGGAGGUGCUUAAGAGCCAAGACUAUCUAACGGACGCCGCAACCACUGACGAUCAUACACUCCACUUCAACCCAGAGUAUUUUGAAAACCCUUCUAAUCCAGGAUUAGAUCAACCACCAUCAUCAUCUAACAAUGGAUUCUUUAGCAUUGCCAAUGGAGACAACGCACCAAAAUCUCUAGAUGAAUGUCAUCAAUUUAUUAAAGAGGUACUCAAUAGUCCAGAGUUUUUACCGGGAUUUGAAUCGGCAGACUGUCAUAUCGUCCACACCAACUCAAGUAUUGUUAAUCCAUAUACUCAGCCUGAAGAUGCCACCACCACCACCACCACAACAACUAAUAAUAAUAAUUAUAAUAUCACCACCGCUACUACAAAUACCGAUGACAAUGCUAUGGAAAUUGAAUCUGGUCUAAACGGAGAUUCGAGACAAACGAUAUUUGUAAAGGCCUCCAAAUUUCUACCGUAUCCAAUCAUCAAUGAAUUCGACUUUACUUGCAUUCCAGGAACCGGUUACUGCGAGUCAACCAUUGAGGUUUCCGACAAUGAUCUUAACAACUCUAGGGGGUACUAUGUGUUGAAUCCGACUCUUCAAUUACCACAACAACAACUACAUCCACAAGGAUAUCCACAACAGCCACAACCACAAGGUUCUCUACAACAGCAAGGUUAUCCACAACAACAAGGCUACCCACAGCAACAAGGUUAUCUACAACAACAUCCACAACUACAAGGAUAUCCACAACAGCCACAACCACAAGGUUCUCUUCAACAGCAAGGUUAUCCACAACAACAGUUUAAUCAUUAUAAUUUCAACUUGGAUGCAUCAAGAUCACAAACAGAUUCUGAUGAAAACAACAAUAAUAAUAAUAACAAUUUUUCAUUUUAUUCGUCAACACUUCAUCAUCAUCAAAUGGAUUGCCAUCAACAACCAUUAGUCGAGUAUAAUUCUCGUAAUAGAUCAACAGAUCAAAGAGAGAAUGUAGUAUUUCAAAAUUGUCCAAUAAGACAAGAACUUAAUAAUAACAAUAACAACUCUAUCCAUAUCAAUUUUGACUUCUUUGAAAAUGCUGCUGUUGUUAAUCCAAAUCCAAAUCCAAAUCCAAAUCCAAAUCUCAACCAACCACCAACACCACAUCAACUACCGCAACCAUUAAACAAUAGAUUCAUUAGCAAUGCUAAUGGAAACAACUUUAACAACAUACCACCCACUCCAACUCUGCCUACAGAUGCCACAACAACCACCACUACAAAUAAUUAUAAUUAUAUUUAUAAUAUCACCCCCACCUAUACCACAACUACCACAACCUCAAAUACCAAUGGAGAUGCUAUGGAAGUUGAACUACAACAACUACAACCGCUACCAACCAUAGUCAAUCAACAAGAACCCGACAACAACAAUGAACCACUCUUUACAGUGACCUCUCACACAACACACACACUCCAAAGAAACAAUUGCUGUUUUUAUGGUGUUGUCAAUCUGGAGUUGGUCAAAAAGAAAGUGAAUACAAUCUAUCCAAAUAUAAAGUUUAGUCACAUAGAUCUUGUAAUUCUGGCCUUUCCGAAAGAUAAAACUCUUUUUACUUUGGAAAACUGUGAGUCCAAUGUUAGUGCCGAUGGUACUUUCAGUGUUAAAGGUACCACUAUAAGAAAUGAAACAACAAGCCAAUAUCUCGAAACCGAAAUCAGACUGACAUACUGGAGUCCAACUGGUUGUGUAGAUGGCAAGCUAUUUAGUGAGGCGAGACAAACGAUAUUUGUAAAGGCCUCCAAGUUUCUUCCGUAUCCAAUCAUCAGUAAAUUCCUGAAUACUUACAUUCCGAAAGAUGACUACCGGGAGUCAACCAUCGAGGCUUCCGUUCGUAUUAAAAAUGGUAGAAAGUUUAAGGUUGUAGUAAUCUUUGUCGAUACCGAUGAUUUCAUUCGAUUAAUUAUUAAUGACAUUCAUGUAUCGACAGAUAAGAUGGCAGCACAAUUCCGUACACCUGAAUUUAUAUUCCUUGAGUAUAAUGUUAAGAUGUAUAUAAGGUACCUAUCGCCUGAAAACGAGGAAACAUUCAACACCAUACCUAUACCAAAAGUAAAUGACCGUUGGACAAUCCAAAAUAAUAAAGACAAUGAUCAUAACAACUCUAGAGGUUUCUAUGUGUUGAAUCCAACUCAUCAAUUACCAGAACAACAACUACAACCACAACAACCACAACAGCUACAACAGCAACAGCUACAACAACAACAACUGCAACAAUCAUAUAUGCAACUAUAUCAACAAUAUCAACCAUAUCAACAACAACCACAACAACCACAACUACUACAACAGCCACAACCACAAGGUUAUCUACAACAACAAGGAUAUCCGCAACAACAACAAGCACAACAACAGUUUCCUCUUUAUAAUUUAAACUUGGACGCAUCAUCAUCACAAAUAUAUUAUGAUGAAAAUAAUAAUAACAAUAAUAAUAACAAUAAUUCAUGGUACUAG